AUGCUCUUGGAUUCUUGUUCCGGCAGCUCAAGACUUUUCCCUGUUGUCCUGACCAUCCUGGUGCUGCCGUCUGGUCCCCAGUACGAGGUGGUGCUGAAGGGACAGGUGGUACCAGAGGAGAGGGGUAACCCUGCUGCCGUACCCGGGUCCUGCCUCUGCCCUGGGCUUGCUGCCCCCAGUGAGGUGCCUCCCAUCCUCUCAAACAAGCAGUUGGUGGCCUGGGGAGGGGUCACGCUGGGCAGGGCUGUACAACAGAAGCUGGUUCUUCGUAACAACUCCCCCAACACAACACACCACCUGCGUCUGCUGAUCAGAGGACAAGAUCACAGCUGUUUCCAGCUCCAGAGUAGCUUUGGACAGGAGGAGAGGUUGACCAGACACAGAGAGCUGUCCAUCCGGCCCAGGGAGGAUGUUGUUGUCCACCUGCUGUUUGCCCCAACCCGGGUGGCCUGCGCCCUGUCCAAGCUGGAGAUCAAACAGUCUGGAGUACGACCCUCACAGCCUGGCAUCAAGUUCACUAUCCCCCUAUCAGGCUACGGAGGGACCAGUAACAUUGUUCUGGAAGACCACAGGAAGCGUUCAGACGGCUACGUGGCUAUGCUAAUGGGUGUGGCAGCAGGCCACGUCUCUAAGCUGUGUGUGUGUGUGAGAAACACUGGGUCCAGGGCUGCCUUCAUUAAGGCUGUUUCCUACUCUGACCUACACACACGCUCUGUCAUGGACUCCUCUGGCAUCAGCCUCUCUCCGUCUCAGUUCGUCCUGAAGGAGAGGACACAGGAGGUGAUCACGGUUCUGAUGAAGGUGACCCAGAGAGAGCAGACUCGGUGUCUGUCUGCUAAUGCCGUCCUGGCCACAGUCUGUCUCUUCUGUGGAGACGAGGUCUCGCGACAACAGUUCAGGAGGUUGCUGCUGUCGAAUCCCGAGGCCGGCAGGAAGAUCCUGUCCCAGAACAGUCUGUUGAAAGGACUCAACUUCAACGAGAGAUUCCUGGGGGAGGAGCAGGUCCUGGAGGCCUACGACCUGCCCCAGAGCCCCAACCAGGCCCAGCUGUUCUAUGGUAACCUGAGUAAGGUGGUGUUGUCAGUGCUGGGAAGCACAGAGACCUUGGACUCUGGAAGGAGCGGCCUCCAUGUCCAGCCAUCGUUAGCUGUCACCAGGAGAGGUUCGGAGGCUGACAGGUACUAGGGAGAAAUAUCAUAC